AUGGAAUCACGAUGGGAUGGCUUACCUAAUAGCAGGCAACAAGAAUUGUACUGGGCAUCGGCAGCAGCAAUGUAUGUUUAUUGUAAAUUCCAUAUCCACCGUUAUCGUUCAUCAUAUCCUAAUCAGUUUUUAUGUUAUUAUCAAAAUCCUGCUGAUUACGAUCAUCCUAUAACGUAUAUUUGUGAACUGGGUUGCUGUUCGAAUGGGUGUUGCAAAACUGAACAGCUUGUUCAGAUGAAUAGCUAUAAAUUAGCUUUGAUCAUGCUUUUGGCAUUUAUUAUGACUGUAAUAAUUGCUAUUGUUGCAUUGAUAACAAUUUAUGCAAUUAAUCGGAAAAGGCAAAAAUAUCCACAAGUGGUUGCAAAUUCAUUUGACAGCGGUUCAGUUAUUUCUUAUGUAAGCAUAUAA